GUCCUGCAGCGCUCACUCAGCGUGUACUUGUAAAGUUGUUCUGGUGCAGUGUAGAUGUGCUCUCCGUAAAGAGUUCCCAGUGAAUAUGAGUGAUUUACCUUUACAGUGAGUGUAUCUUAUCCAUAUGGAACCACAGUUAAGUGCUUAAACGGUGCCCAAGAUGGAGGUAACGGAGACGACGGAGGAAAUAAACUUGACACCUCAAGAGUUGCAAGUUCUGGCGGAACUUGACAGUCGCAAGUUUGGAUUCGUAAAACUGAGCGAGGCGGUGAACAGCAAGAAGCGCGCGCUGGUGCUGAAGGCUGUGCGCUACCUCGAGUCCCUCAUCAUCCACGCCAACAACAACAAAAACAUCAACAAUAACAACAACACCAACAAUAAUAAUAACAACAACAACGAUGGCGGUACGGAGAUCGACUCCAAGAGGUGUGCCUUAUCCCCCACCACUACCACCACCACUACUAUCAUCAUCAAGAAGGAGUCAGACCUCUCCACCAACAUCGCCACCACCACCUCCAACAACCACCCUCCCUCAGACACUACCCUCCUCGAUACCAUCUCUUCCCAAGAGGAUGAGGAUGACGAUAGUUCCUCCGGCAGAAUCAACACCUCCACCACCACUAGCACGACCUCCCACACACACAAUGCCAGCGACACCGCCAUCAGCAUCGAACCCAGGACCUACUGCAAGCUCGGUCACCUCCACCUGCUUCUCGAGGACUACCCUAAAGCGAUGUCAGCGUACCAGAAGUUCUACAACCUGCGUACCAACGAUUACUGGAAGGACGCUGCCUUCCUCUACGGCCAGGGACUAGUCUAUUUCCACUUCAACGCCUUCCAGUGGGCUAUCAAGGCAUUUCAACAAGUAUUGUACAUCGAACCUGGUUUCAGUCGAGCCAAUGAAGUUCAUCUCCGCUUGGGGUUAAUGUUUAAAGUCCAAAGUGACUAUGAAUCAUCACUGAAACACUUCCAAUCAGCAUUAAUUGAUGCUGGUCCAGCAUCAUUUUCUAAACUUGAAAUUCAAUUCCAUGUUGCUCACUUGUAUGAGCUUCAAAACAAGCACAGAGCUGCUCGAGAAGCAUAUGAAAACCUGCUAAAAGAGCCAGAUCUUCCCAACCACCUCCGUGCAGACAUCCAGCGCCAACUAGGAUGGAUGUACCAUACUGUUGAAAGUUUGGGAGAGAAAUCAUACAGGGAACUCACUGCCGUACAAUAUCUGCAAAAGUCUAUUGAAGCUGACCCUAAGAGUGGACAAAGUUUGUACCUACUUGGUCGCUGCUACUCUGCCCUUGGAAAAGUACAUGAUGCAUUUAUAGCAUACAGAAACUCUGUUGACAAGUGUGAGGGCAAUGCUGAUACUUGGUGUUCUAUAGGAGUGUUAUACCAGCAACAAAAUCAGCCUAUUGAUGCUCUACAAGCUUACAUUUGUGCAGUACAAUAUGACAAAGGUCAUACAGCAGCUUGGACUAAUCUAGGCAUACUGUAUGAAACUUGCAAUCAGCCACGGGAUGCUCUAGCCUGUUAUAUGAAUGCAACACGUGGUAGCAAUAAACCUGUGAACCCCAACCUUGCGCCACGCAUAAAAUUUCUCCAACAGCAACUUGCAAAUGCUCCCAUGCCGAGUGCAGUAAACAAGCCUCGGCAACUGCUGAGCAUUGAGGAGGCUUGGAACCUACCUGUUACAACAGACAUGUCCAAUAGGCAACAGGGCCAAAGCCAGGGGCAGCAGGUGUCUGGUCAGCAAAGAUCAAUAGCAGCUGGGGCCAGUAAUUUCCAAAAGUAUGGCCAGCAAUUUGGCCCUGCAGGCUCAGCAGGGCCACCACCACCUUACCCAGCAUCUGGUAAUGAUGCCAAGCGGUUUAAGCCUGAUUUGGCUGGAGAUCAGCAACGACCACACUUCUACCUCAAUCAGCAACAGAUGCAAGUAUUGCAUUAUCAGCAGCAGAAUCAAGCCAAUUUAACACCACAGCAGCAGCAGCAACUACAACAGCUGCAACAGAAUUACCGUCUCAUGCAGCAGCAUCAGAUGAAAAUGCAUCAGCAACAGCAAAUGCAGCAGCAGACGGUUGUGCAGGGCCCGCAGGUAUCGCCAAGCCUUGGUCAACCUCCCAGUUUUGUUCAAGGUGGGCAGAUGGCUCGUCCUGGGCAGCCUGCUGGUGUUCCAAACUAUACACAACCAGCAACAAAUGGGGUAAACAGAGGAUUUGUAACCCAGAGACCUCAGACACCCACUACCAAUUAUAAUCAACCUAAUCAAGCAUAUUCUCAACCUUCCUCAACUGGUGGAUACAUUACCCAAAAUCAAUCAUAUACCAAUGGGGGAGUACCAACAACUUCUGCUAGUUAUGGUUUUAAUAAUGGCUACAAUAACAGUAACCUGAAUGAGGCAUUACCCAAAGACUUAAGUGGUAUUACACCAGAAACAACAGUCAGUGACCAAGAACUCCAGGAGCUUAAGGAACUCAUUAGUCAAAAGGAGUUCACAACAUCACUUGCAGAAGAUUUAUUGAAUCGUUUAGCUCAAGGGGAAGAUGUAAUCGAUGAAUUAGCAAAGGCCGGUGAUGUUGGUCCAGAAGUAGCCCUGCCCAAUACCCAAUUCUCUACCACCACCACUUCUCCAUCCACAACAUCUGCACCAACUUCUGCAUCCACUUCUACCACAUUACAGUCGGGCAUCACAUACAUCAAACAAGAACUUCCUGAUACUAAAGUAUCACAUCAGAAUAUUUCACCCGAAACAAAACCUCGUUUAACUAACAUGAGGCUUUGUGAAAUUAAAGUUGAGCCUACAGCUGAACCUGUGUUCUCAAUCAACAUGAGUAGUGCAGAUAUUAUGAGUGGAUGCAAGGGUCGAGGAGCUAGUGUCCGUAAUACGAGUAUGGUUUCAGACAAGCAGCUACCUCCAGCAUUGCCAGAGCCCCCUAAAGUAAAACUGAACAAGGAGCAGCUUUUACCGAAUACACCUUCAGUACUUUUAGACAACAAAAAACUAGCCUUCUCACCACAGUUGCAAGAGUUUUGUCUUCAGCAUCCAAUAGCUGUUGUGCGAGGCUUGGCAUCUGCACUUAAAUUAGAUUUGGGGCUCUUUUCUACAAAAACUUUAGUUGAAGUAAAUCCAGAACAUUCAGUUGAGGUACGAACUCAGUUGAAGCAAGAUGCAGAUGAGAAUAUCGAUUCUGCAACUGAAGCUAAAAUAUGGCCCUGUGCCAGUCACCGUUCUCACACCACAGUUGCAAAAUAUGCCCAGUAUCAAGCAUCUAGUUUUCAAGAGAGCCUGAAAGAAGAACAAGACAGAAUUGCAGCAGGUGCACCAAAGACUGAUGACAGUAAAAAGAAAAAAGUGCAAAAAAUGAUAAAGUUUGGCACGAAUGUUGACUUGUCCGAUGAAAAGAAGUGGCGUGCACAGCUACAGGAACUAAUGAAGCUGCCAGCAUUUGCAAGAGUAGUUUCUGCGGGAAACAUGCUCUCUCAUGUUGGGCAUUCCAUCCUGGGCAUGAAUACCGUGCAACUUUACAUGAAGGUUCCUGGUUCACGAACACCUGGUCAUCAAGAAAAUAAUAAUUUUUGCUCCAUCAAUAUCAAUAUUGGACCAGGAGAUUGUGAAUGGUUUGGUGUUCCUGAUGCUUACUGGGGAGUCAUCGCAAACCUAUGCGAGAAAAACAGAACAAACUAUCUUCACGGUUCAUGGUGGCCAGAUUUACAAGAGUUAUAUGAUGAAAAUGUACCAGUGUAUCGUUUUCACCAAAAACCAGGAGACAUGGUUUGGGUUAAUUCAGGUUGUGUUCACUGGGUCCAAGCUGUAGGUUGGUGUAAUAACAUUGCCUGGAACGUGGGUCCUCUUACUGCACGUCAGUAUAUCCUGGCUUUGGAGAGAUAUGAGUGGAAUAAAUUACAGAGCUUCAAGUCCAUUGUUCCUCUGGUUCAUCUGUCAUGGAAUUUGGCCAGAAAUAUAAAAGUAUCUGACCCUAAGCUCUUUGAGGCAAUCAAGGGCUGUCUGAUGCGUUCAUUUCGUCAAGUCUGCUUAUCUUUAGACUUUGUUAAGAUGUGUGGCUUGGAGACUAAGUUCCAUGGACGAACCAGAACUGAUGCAUCUCACUAUUGUGGUGUUUGUGAAAUUGAGGUAUUUAAUGUGCUGUUUGUCAAGGAACAAGAAAGACGGCAUGUUGUGCAUUGCAUUGACUGUGCCCGACGCCAGGCUCCACGACUUGAAGGUUUUGUUGUUUUAGAGGAAUACCACUUGAAUGACCUUUGUCAGGUUUAUGACAACUUCAUAUUACACUCGGUUCAGGGACAGACGUUACCAGGCCAAGCCCCAACACCACCCCCUACCUCCUCAACUCCAACACCCAUCACGUGACCUAACCCAGUCCUAGUGGCCACCUCGUUGUGUUCAUUGUGACAUGGGGUGGCUCCUAGCCAGACAGUUCUUAUCUCUUGUGAAGAAUAAGGUGACUGUCCCUGCUUUUAUACACAGGUGUAAAACCACAAGAGACAGCAAGUGUUAGUGAGCAGCAGUGUUACUGUGGAAAGAUAUGAUUAUUUGCUGCAAGUAGCAUUAAGUUAUAAAUAAGAAUUUACGUCACUGCCAGUGCACCUUCCAGAGGCCUUUUCUAUUAUUGACUCAUUGUAGUCACGGUGGCCGUAUUUUUCACACCCAAAUUCUUGGAAGCUAUUGCAGUGAAAAAAUGGGCAUUACAAGAAAAAUGCUGCCGAGACAUGAAUGAAUGGAGAGUGUUUUAGUUGUGUGUGUGUUGUAAAGGAGCACCUAGAAAUGCUGCUUCAAGUUCUACCACUCUCCAAGGCAUAUUGAUAUGAUCUCAUAGAACUCAAGGACACAGGGAAAAAGCAACACUAACGUUUGGAGAGUAAUAAUGGGCAUGUUUGUGUGUGUGUGAAGUCAUUCAUUGUGAUGGACUUGCAAUUGUGCCAGAACUAGAGCUAUUGCAGGACCCACCAUGUAAGUUUCUCAUGGUAAUAAUAGUGGUUGCCAAGAAGGUUAACAGCCAGUGCUGAAUUAGCUGUAGUCGGGGUAGUAGAAAUUGCGUGUGGUUGAUGGUAUGGUACUACCCAGUCUUAAUUUAUUAGCCUUGCCUACGCAUUAUGUUCUCCUUCCAAGUUACCAGCCAAAGGGACUGGCCUUAGUUGUAGUUAAGAGUGUGUGCAUUAAAAGGUUUCAAAUCACUGCCACAAGAAGUGAGUGUUUUUAUCUUGUGAUAAUCUUGACUGCCACAAAAUCUACCACUUUGCAGUCUCACUUAGAGCUUACCUGAUCUAAACUCUUUCCACAUGCAUUGUUCUGGAUGUUCUGUGAUCAGCAGUUGUUUUGUACAGAUACAUAUAUUUUUAUUGAAUUAUUUGGUUAUGUUGAAUAACUAUUAUAAGCAACCGAGGUCCUCAACUCGGCAUGUCCGUCCAUCCCAGUGCAUCUGGAAGGAAUGACAGGGAUGCAAGGACAAAUUUCCAUAAUUUUCAUCCUAUUAUUUUAGUAAGGUUGUCUCUUUUCCCACCCUUACAGUAUUUUACAAAUUGAUCCAUAUUUGUGGUCCAGAAUCACUAAUCCCACAUUUUGGGAUUUUAUGAAUGAAUGUGCAACUCUAAAAAUGUUGGGCAGUAUGAUAUUUUUAUAGUUAUUUUACUUCUAUAGUUGCUGUUUGUUAAUUUUUUAUUGUUGAUCCUUUUUUUUUGUUAUCAGUUCUAAAGUAACAUUUUAGUUUGAGAAUUGCUGUGCAUUUUAAAAUGUAUUUGUUUCCAAUUAAAGCUCAUGUCAGGUGAAAAUGGUGAGCAGUAGGACUUCAGACAAUAUUUUUGGAAAUUCUGGAGGAACAUAAGGUAUGGCAAACUAAGUGCUCAACAAAUUGUACCUGAAAUGGGCGUGCCUAAGGAAAUAAGUUCCACUAAAAUUUUUUUUUUUUUUUUUUUUUGUCAAAUGCUGUUGACCGCAAGUCCUUACGAUGCCCUCGCAUUGUGGAAGGCUGAACAAAUGUGAGCUCUGAGCUGAGAACUCUUAAAUAAUAUCCAUACCAGAAGGCUGUGCACCAAGGGCUGAAUACUUAAACUUCACUUGAGAAUUAGCAAGCAAAGUAAAUUAAGUUAGUAUUGAUUGUAUAGCACGUGUAGAAAUGACCGAACAGACUACACAGUACAAGGCAGCUUGCUAUUUAUCAAGUGUUGGAUAAGGGUUUAGUUCACAACUUCCUCUCCACUCCUCCCUAUUGAUUCACCCAAACCUCUUUAUAUCAUGUAUAGUUUUUCAUGUGACACAUUCUAGUUUGUCCUCAGUAUUACACAUGGAACAUAUUCAUGCUUUUAUAACGAAUUCAUCUGUCCUUUGUAAGAAAAGAAUAUAUUAAAAAAAAAAAAAAAAGGUCAGUCACACAAAACAUUCAGCCAUGCAGUAGUAAAUAGUUUAUGAACUGUAUGUUGCUGUAAUAAAGGCUUUUUUUUUUUUUUUUUUUCAUUAGCAGUUUUGUAAAUCCAGCACUGUAUUGCCUACAGUUAAGGUUUAUUUAUGUUAUUUAAAGUGUAUGGAGUUCUAUCUGUAUGUAUUGUAUAAAACACCUAAAGUCUAUUCUUUCUCAUUGUGUAAGUAAAGUGUUGUCCUGCUCACUUACUAGACAAGCUCGUAUACAUUUGUACAAUUUUGGGAGUAGGGAUUUUUGGCAAAACAGUGGAUGUAGUUAAUGAGGUGUGGGUGGAGUGGAAAUUAAUAUUUUAAGCAAUUAAUAGGUAGGAGCAGCAUAAUACAUCUACAAACACGUGUUGUGCAUUAUGCUCCUUAGCAUCGUAAACCAUAUCAUUCAUUUCUCUAUUAAUUCUCAUAUGUCACAAUUAAAUAAAUUAUUAGUGAUGCAAGCUAAUUGGAUGAAAAAAAAAAAAAAAAAAAAAGAGCUUCUCCGCUCACACCUGUUUCAGGGAUCUGUGUUGACCUUGUGUCCAAUACUGUACAGAGUAAG